CUUCAGCUUGAUGGCCAGUCUGGUUCCAAGUUUGGGUCAGCUUGUUUCGGACGCUACUUGUUUGUUCAAAAAGUUGUUCAACGAUGAGGCUCCUAAAAUUGCAGCAUGUGCACCGGGGAGGGUCAACCUUAUUGGGGACCACACGGACUACAACCAGGGAUACGUACUUCCAAUGGCACUAUCCCUGGUCACUGUGGUGGUUGGAAGUGCCUCGUCUGGUCAGGAGGCUAUCAUCGUCACUGCAAGUGAGCUAGCUGAUGAGCCAAAGAAGGUGGACUUGAGUCUGCCAAAUGAGGGAUUCCCAUCGUUUCCAGGGUUACCACAUUGGGCGAACUAUCUGAGGGGCAUUAUGCAUCACUACAGAGCACUUCCCCUUCCUGGGUUCAGAGCUGUGGUGGUGUCCAGUGUACCACUUGGUUCAGGUCUGUCCAGCUCGGCCUCUUUGGAAGUGGCAUUUUACACAUUUCUACAGCAACUCAGGCCAGCUCCAGUUCCUGCUGCAGCAAAACACCCCCACAACAUGAUGCUCCCACCCCCACGCUUCACAUUUGAUGAUGGUGACAAAGUAGCCAAAGCAAUUGCAUGUCAGCAAGCGGAACACACUCAUGCUGGUGUGCCGUGUGGCAUUAUGGAUCAGCUUGUGUCAGUUCUCGGGAUGGAGGGGCAUGCUUUGCUGAUUGACUGCAGGUCUCUGGAGUCCAUUCCUGUCCCGUUAUCAGAUCCAGGCCUCGUCUUUCUCAUCACCAACUCCAAUGUAAAACAUUCUUUGGCAAGUAGUGAGUAUGCCUUGAGACGAGGACAGUGCGAGAAAGCUGCUUCCAUCUUGGGGAAACCCAGUCUAAGAGAUGCAACCGUGAAUGAUCUGGAAGAUUCUCACAGUGGACAUGGACCUACGAUGAAAAUUUCAGACCCUUCCAUGAUUUCCAAGUGGGAGGAUUUUCAUUAUAGCAGGGUGUCCACAUACUCUUACUGUUCAACAUUAUUCGUAUUCCCAGUUCCUGCCUGGCAUUGCAACAAGCUAACAUUAUAUUCUCUCUCUCCAUCUCAAGAGUCAAGGGCUCAACUAGAUGAUGUGACCUAUCGUAGAGCAAGUCAUGUGAUUGGAGAAAUCUGCAGGACUCUCAAAGCAGCUGAAUCCUUCAAAAAUGGUUCCUUCCAAGAAUUUGGCAAAAUCAUGGUGGAAAGCCACAACUCCCUCAGAGAUUUAUAUGAGGUAAGCUGCAAAGACCUGGAUGACCUGGUGUGUGCGGCCAUGGAGGUGGAGGGAGUGUUUGGGAGCAGGAUGACUGGUGGAGGAUUUGGAGGUUGUACAAUAACUCUGCUGAAGGCUGAUGCGAUUCACAGGACUAUACAAAACAUACAGGGAGUCUGCAUUCUGGAGCUUUUCGGGCCCCAUUGAGAUGUAUUCGGACUUUCGGACUGGUGCAUGGACUGUGCUAUGGACGGUGAGUCGUGGAAAGACUCCUAUGGAUUCUCUACGCGACGGACUUUAGCAGUGUCACAAGCAGUGCACUAUAGUGAGGAUGGCCACAGUUUAAAAUGUCUUUUGUUUCCAUGCGUGCGCGUGGUUUGCCAUGUUAGAUUCCACGAUUGUAUACUUGGUAUUUUACCGGUCUAUUUGUUUUUGCCAAUAUUCAUUCACAGUGCUGUGCAUUCUUUGUCUUCCAGUUUAGGGCCUCUUCCAUUUGUCGCCAGAAGAGUUUCUAAUGGAUGUUUGUAGAGGAGUUUCUGCUCUUUCUGUUGGCAGAAACGUUUUUUUCUUAGUGAGAAACCUUGGCACCACACUGAGGUUAUGUCGUCAAAUACAUAAAUUCAAGUUCUUGAAUAUGAGUUGGCAAGUCGGUUUAUUUGGCUGUCCGGUGUUCACUUGGUGCCUCGGGGCUGACAAGGGGACACAGGGACUGUUUCAGCCUCAUUAGAAAAAAUAUUUUUCCUAGUCAAUGGUUAACCUUAAAAUCCCACUGACAUGAAAAGUAUGAUUUUUAAUAUGUUUUUCAUGGAAAAAAAAGGCUUCCAGGAGGGACCCAUCUGAUUUUGACAUUGACACAUGGAUUUUUGUAACUCCCACCAUGAAAAUCUUCUCAAGGGAUUUUUUGGGGAGAAGAAGUAGGGAGUGUUGUUAUUAGCAGACGCCCACUCAGGCAGGUUCAUGUGUUGAUACCAGUUUUACUUGCAGGAAGGUAGCUCUUUGUUCCUUUGUGUUAGCCAAAAUGCCAGUUGGUUGUAUUGCUGGAUAUUGCUCGAAUACUCGGGAAGAAGGAUUCACUCUUCACACUUUUCCAAAACACCCAGUUCGUCGUGAAAAAUAAAUUGAACAGGCGCAAAGGACGAGAGCUUCAUGGGUUCUGAAUGACAAGUAUGUGUGGAUAGAACAAUUAAAAAAAUAAUAGUUUGGAGGGCGGGGGGGCGAACGUAAUCCUUCUUUCACUUAGCGACAACAAUGCUCACGGCCGGGCCACAGUGGCUCGUCAAUGCCCGCCGGGGUGGCUCGUUGUGGCGCCUGGCCGCUUGACAGCGUUGUCGUCGCUCUUGGCUGAGUACACUACAUACUGUCAUACAUACUGUCACGGAGUUUGUUGGUAGUUAGAAGUGAUCCACAUAUCCUCUAAAUAUGGCUCAAAGCGAUGGGGUAAUACUGCCCCGGUCACUUCACUCGAUUGUGAGAUGUUCUCUUCUUCAAAAUUAGCUUCCAUGUCAGAAGGGGCGUCGGAAAAAUUUCGAAAAUCUCCCAUAGCAGGUGCCACUACGUGUUUUCAAUGGCCAAUGUCCCAUUGUGGCAUCUGCUGAUUACGUUGUCUGUAUUUUUCAUUACAAUAUCUAUUUUACAAUGUUUAUAGGCAUGUCAAUGGGACUUUAAGUUGAUGCCUCUGAGCAUUUUAAGGAUUUCUUGAUCAAUAGAUUCUUCCAAAUUGUAGUUACUAGUUUUGUAUUUUUAAGGGCAAAUAGUGGGUUCUGAACUCCAAUCAGGUGUCACUAGGUGGCUCUGUUUGUCAUGAGUUUUGGCAACUCAUCAGAGGGGGGUAGGUAGUGUUUUUUUUUUUUUUGCAUUAUAUGAGAUAAAACCUGAGUGAGGCGAAUUGAAGUCUGAGCUUAGAAAGUAAGAUGGACAAACUACUUAAGUAAUCUACUUUAAAGGAACUGUAAGGUCGACUUCAAAGGAAUUCAUGGCCAUUUGGGGUUUUUAAACCUUCACUUUGCUAUUCCUCUCACGCUUUUGCCUUGCAGCUCCAUCCUCAUCGACCUUCUAACAAUAUACUCACUCUCUCGCCUCUGGACAUCUCCAAACCAUCGAACUCUGCUCUCUCGCACCUUGUCUCCAAAACAUCCAACUUUGGCUGUCCCUAAUCCUGUCCGACCUGCUCACUCCUACCAAGAACCUCAACAUCCUCAUUUCUGCCACCUCAAAUUCUGCUUCCUGUUGUCUCUUCAGCACCACCGUCUCUAAUCCGUACAUCAUGGCCAGCCUCACCACUGUUUAAUAAGCUUUGCCCUUCAUCUCUCUCUUCUGUCACAUAACACACCAAACACCUUCCGCCAGCUCCACAGCCAUCUCUCCAAAUUGCUUCCAUACUUCCACAGGUAUGUCAUCAGGACCAAGCGCUUUUACAUUUUUCAUACUUUAUAGGACCUUUCUUCCCUUUAACUUCCCUCUUCCUUAUCAUUGCCACUUCCUGGUCCAUCACACUUACCUCUUCUACUCUUCCUUCUUUUUUAGGUGAACAUUCAUAUUUGUUUUACACUGGAUGCCCUUCCUGACACAACCCUCUGCAUUUAUCCAGCCUUAGGACCGGUCUACAGACUGCACUGGCUUGUGCCCACAUAGGGCUGCUUUGAAAGAAAGAAAUCUAUUAUUGAGAAAGACCUGUGAACUGAUGAGAAAAUUGUGUAUUUUCUCUUUAUGCAGUGUUUCAGCCUCCCUAUGUCAACAAGACCAAAGACAUCCAUAUAGUGUUAUAAUAUAUUGGAACAUUUUUGCUAUUUUUAAGAUUUGAACAAUCUAUUUGUGAAUUUAAUGUAAGAUUAAAAUAUCUUCCAAUAAUAAUUAUAGAAUUGUCUGAAAAGUUUAAUCAGUGUGAAAAUUUUUUAUUUGGAGUGCAUACACUGACAUACGAGGCCCCGUAACUCAGUGGUUAGAGCACUGGUUUGGUAAACUAGGGGUUGUGGGUUCGUAUCCUACUGGGGCCUCCACUCCCUGAGAAGGGUUGCGUCAGGAAGGGCAUCUGACAUAAAAAUUGUGCCAAACAUAUAUAUGCGUUCAUCUGAGAUGACACGCUGUGGCGACCCCGAAAGGGAAAAGCUGAAAGAAACACACACAUACACUGACAAUUGUAUCAAGCUUGUUGAAUAUUGUCGCCUGUAAAAUUAUACUAUACUGUACUAUUUUUUGGAAAAGGUAAUCUUAUAUAGACAAGUAUUAAGACUCCUCUUUGUCUGCAGUUAUAGAAGGUCGACAAAAUAGAGUAUAAUUGGAAUCAAUGAGGCAUUUCUCUUUUGGUUGCCUUUCUUGUAAUAAGAGUACCGGUAAAUCAAUUUUAAAUUUGACAAUAUAAUCCAUCAUCUUAAUUCUCUUGGCCCGUGAUCAAAUGCCAAUGACAUUCCAAGAGACAAAAGACAAGUGUGACGUAAAAUGGCUCUGUGCAUCAUAAUUUUAAAUAAAUUACGAAUUAUGCAUUACUUAUUGUUGCUUUUAUGAGUUUUCAGGAAAUGUUUUAUUGUAUUGAUGAAUUUUAUUUGUAAAAGGUGUUAAAUAUGGUCUCUUAAACAACACCAGGGUAUAGGAGAGUAAUGAACAAAACAGUCAAACAUAAAGUAACAAGAGGAUAAUAUGUUCUGGGGUGAUGGUGAAUUAUGGUGUGCAAGGAAAGAUUUGGGUGAGUCGUGUGUUUAGUGUGUGUGGAACCAAUCGGAACAGGAAACCAGAAAGAUAGGAAUGAAGGUUCGUGCUAGUGGCAUGCGUGAUUUAGUUUUUUAAGCUGAAACAGAAAAGCCUUAAGACAUCAACAAAUCAAAUCACGUACUCAUCCAACAUAGUCAAUGAGUGACGCUGGUAUCUCAAAAUAGUUGACUUUCGACAUGCAUUAAUUGGAGACUCUAAAUUGGCCCAACAUGUUUGUGAGUGUGACUCUUGUCUGUCUACAUGUGUGUAAUUUGACUGGCCAAAUCAUGUUGUACCUUCCCGCUUCAGCUGGGAUUGGCCCAAGCACUCCUGCAACCCUCGUGAGGAUAAGCAUCUCAGAAAAUGGAUGGAUGGAUGGAUGGAUGGAUAUAAAGUCACUUGUUAAAAUAUGACAAACUUUAGAAAACUGAUCUUGAUUAAAAUGCAGCUGAGAACAGGUGUGUCUUCAACCUUGAUUGAAAUACACUGUUUCAGCUGAUUAAGGCUUUCUGGG